AUGCAAUGCGCACGGCUCUCCUUGCGCCAAGCUCACAAAAGCCGAUUUCAAUGUCGUCCUUGUCCCAAAUCUAUCCGCGCAUUUCAGACGUCACGCUCAUUGAGGACAUCUCACGGAGACCCUCAAGGGUUUCCAAACCCUUCCGCAGGCGAUAAUGUUCCAAAGAACGAUAUCGAGCCCAAUGUAGGGCCACAAACCAAACACGACGUGGCGCCUCAAGAGGCUCCAAAACUAGGUGCUAAUCCCCAAAUAAGAUCUAUUUUGAAGGGGGAUGGUAGUCCCUAUGGAUCUGCGGUUCGCAGAUCUAGGAGGCACAAAAAAUCUAUCGGGCGAUCGACGCCUCUAGGAGUCCUACCGACCUGGUUUCGCGAACGGAAUAUCGUUCUCUCAGACAAGUCAACAGAAGUCCUACAGGAACCUCCUCAUACCGUCGGGAUCGGCCAAUAUGACCAGGAUAUGGGAGAACCAGUGGAAGCGGUUACGCACGGAGGCGACGGCGGUGAUGGAGGUGAAGGUAAAGGUCCGGCAGAUUCAAAACCGGAAUAUCGUUAUAUGAUAAGCGAAGAGGUGUGGAACGAAAUUCGUGCCGCCAUUCAAGCGGGUAUGACAGUACCUGCUCCUCGCUAUGCCGAUGACCCGUUUAUGAGAAAGGUACAUCUGGUCUUACAGUAUCCUGGAGAUGGGGGGAUCUCGUUUCUCGAUGCCGUUGUAAGGAAGAUUGCUAGCAGUUUCAAUACCCAUGUCAUUACACUGAAUGCGCAAGAUAUUGCUGAGCUGUACGCUGAGCAAGAGCAGGAGGAGGACUCUCCUUCGAGCCUAAUGACGUCUUUGGCAUACGAUGUAUAUCAUCCCUCCAGGAAAGUGUCCCAGCGAGAGGUUGACGAGGAAAUCGAGGAGUUUGAGGAAGAUGAAGCAGAAGAUGAGGACGAAUCAGGAGAUCGAAGACGCAGCGCUACAAUUCCUAUUUCGAGGAUAUCAGACCCUACCGCUUUAGGUUCGUCCAUAUUACAAGGUUUAUUUGGCGGACGCGGAUCUAUUGGCGUCGCUAAGGUUGUCGUACCUCAUGGGCGAGAAGGUAAUGAAGAAGUAGACCCACAAUCCCUUCGCGUUGUCAAGAAACUCUUGUCAAUUCCUAAAGCAAAGCCAGAAAAUUCCAGUCCUGGAGAGGAACCCCCCCAAGAAAAAGAAACCGAGAACUCGAAUAUAAGUGACAAGUACGAGGAUUUAAUUAUUCAAGUCCAAGAUUACAAAGACCUUUUGGGUACCCCUGGUGGUUCUGCCUUUUUAUCUUCUCUUCACAAAGCUGUCCAGGCUAGAAGACGAAAAGGACAGAAAAUUGUUGUGAUUGGAACGGUAUCUGCACAGGAAGGUGAUAAGUCUCCGGCGAAAACGUUCCCUAAAUUAAUACCGAGGGACUUUGACCGUUAUUCGACAACUAUAUUUGUUACGCCAGCAAUGGAUUCCAGUACUGCCGAGCGCAUAUUUGCAGAAGAUGCGAAGCAACGGACCCUAGGAAUAAACAUAAGGCAUUUACAAAUCAUGCUCAAAAUGAGGAUGGCUCAACCCAUUGCAUCUCAGAGCGAUCUUUUCAAUGGUCGAACGUGGACCUUGGAGAGUUCGAUGGUCCGCGCCUGUGGCCUUGAUGCUGGAUAUUGGCCAUUUGAUCUUAUCCAUCGUAUCGCAACACUUGCUCUUGGUUGUGUUGGGAAAAAUGAGGUUCUAGAACUUCGACAUAUACAACAGGCUAUUCAGGUUUUUGAAAAAAGUGACCAAGUUAAGUGUGAGUGGAUGGGCGAUAAGCCUGGCAAGGUCAAGCCUGGGAAACAGAAUCAGGACAAGCCCCGUCUCAAUAAGUCGAAGUUGAAAUGUAACUCGCAUGAAGAGAAACUGCUCAACGGAGUUGUCGACGCGGAGGGUAUACGCACCACUUUUGCAGAUGUUCAUGUGCCUAAAGAAACAGUGGAGGCGCUGAAAACCCUGACAUCUCUAUCACUUGUUCGCCCAGACGCAUUUACGUAUGGUGUCCUCUCCACCGACAAGAUCCCCGGCCUAUUACUUUAUGGGCCGCCGGGAACAGGGAAAACUCUUCUUGCAAAGGCUGUUGCGCGUGAAAGCGGCGCAACAGUCUUGGAGGUGAGCGGCUCUGAAGUUUACGAUAUGUACGUUGGUGAAGGAGAAAAGAACGUUAAAGCCAUUUUUACUUUGGCCAAAAAGCUGAGUCCUUGUGUUGUCUUCAUCGAUGAGGCGGAUGCGAUUUUUUGCUCGAGAACAGGCGCCAGCAGUCGUACUUCUCACCGUGAAUUGAUCAACCAAUUUCUACGAGAGUGGGAUGGGAUGAGCGAAACAUCAGCCUUUAUCAUGGUCGCGACGAACCGGCCUUUUGAUCUUGACGACGCAGUGUUACGGCGCCUGCCACGUCGACUUCUCGUUGACCUCCCCACUGAACAAGAUCGUCACGAAAUCCUCAAAAUCCACUUGAAGGGCGAGACGCUAGAUGAAACGAUAGACCUGGCUGAGAUCUCUCGCCGCACUCCGUUUUACUCCGGUUCGGAUCUCAAAAACAUGUCUGUCGCUGCCGCUUUGGCAUGCGUCCGAGAGGAAUACGACGCCGCGACAAAACACGAAGGCGACGAACCAUAUCAAUACCCUGAAAGGCGAAUCCUACGACCCCAUCAUUUUGACCGCGCCAUGGAAGAAAUCAGUGCGUCAAUCAGUGAGGAUAUGUCAUCACUCACGGCGAUCAGGAAAUUCGACGAGAAAUAUGGCGAUCGCAAGGGACGGCGGAAGAAGGCUGCUGGUUGGGGUUUUAUACCCCCGGGACUGCCCGAACCUACUUCGGAAACGGGCCGUGUUCGACAUUGA